AUUGUUUGCUCUUGGUUCGAGUUUCGGUUGUUCAUAAACUGUUACCAAAUUUAGACACAGCUAUCGGCUGUCUUUGGACUAUCGUAUGUUGUAAUCAUUCUUUAUGUUACUCUUACAGGAAGCUUUUGCUAUUUUCAUUCUUGAACGACGCGUUUAAACGCCUAGACACCUCACAAGUUGAGAACCGCUUUUGUAGACAAAUCGUUGUUUUGGGACUUCGAUUUCGCGCGUAUCUCAAUCGGGGUUACUUCGACGCUUCGAUAGAAUUAACAGUUCUCAACUUUGGUCUCAUUUGGUGUGGAUACAGUUCUGAACUCUGGUCCUAAUUGGAGGGAAUACUUGCUGUAACGAAUUUGGUCGGAAUCCUGUUUGGUUCAUUCAUCCCAACGAUGACUAGAACGAGAAGAAUGAAGUACAACGAUGACAGUUCCCAAGACACAGACAAUUCCAGUGCUGAAAAUAUUAUUCCUUCAGUUUCUAAGGUGAACUCACCUAUUCCUUUAAAUCUUGCCUUUGAUAUUGUUAAACCUAACCCCAAAGACAGUUGCUCGGUAGGAGACAACUAUAUAGAGACUAGAUACAGUGUAGAAGACGAAGUGGACUCUAGGGAAAGGGAAGUAGAAAAGAUUGAGCUGGAGAUUAGAGAACUCCAACUACGCAAGCGAUUGCUAGAACUAACUCCGAACUCUUCAACCAAAGUGAGAAGACCUAGGGAGACUACCGAGUUGUCGGGGUCUCGAUCCGAGGAUAAAACUUCAGUAGUUACGGCAAGUCACCGAUACACCAAUGUACUUUCGAGCGAUGAAAUGCAAUUCAAAGCACAGGUAGAUAGUGUCAAGGCGUUAUGUAUGUCAGUAAGCUUACCGAAGAUAGAAAUCAUGAAAUUUGACGGGAGCCCUCUGAAAUUUUGGACGUUCAUGAAGGGAUUCAAGGUUAACAUAGCUGACAGAGUAAAUGAUGACACUCAGAAAUUAAUGUACUUGAUACACUAUUGCGAAGGUAUAGCAAAGGAUGCUAUAGAACACUGUGUUUUAUUACCAGAAAAGGAAGGUUAUACUGAGGCAAUUAAGCUUCUACAUGAACGGUUCGGCAGACCACACGACAUCGUAGAAGCCUUCUUAACAGAACUCUUAAGUGGAUCACCAUUGAAUCAAGACGACAUAACUGGCCUACAGAAACUGACAAGACUCAUGACUAAUUGUAAGAUAGCCUUGUCACAGAUGGGCAGGAAUACUGAUCUGAAUUGUUCGACCAACAUAAAACGAAUAGUGAAACAGCUACCACGUAGUAUGCAGUUUAAAUGGGCGGAGGCCGCGGACGAUAUUUUAAGAAAGGGGCUAGAGCCCAAUUUUGAUGAUUUAUUGCAAUUCUUAGAAAAGAAGGUGUCAAUCGCCACAAACACAUACGGACGGUUAGCAAGCGGAAGCUAUAAAGCUCAAACGAUAUCGAACAACCGGUCGGCUUCCAUAAGAGCUAAGAUCCAUACUUCGUUGAUUAAAGGGACAGUCCAUUGUGUAAUUUGCUCCGAUGCCCACGAAGUCGCAUCCUGCCCUCAGCUGUUGUCAGUGAGUCACAACGAAAAGGUAGAAUUGUUAAAGAAGUUUAAACUUUGCUUUAAUUGCUUAAAACCCAAUCAUCGAGUCACAGAAUGCAGACAGCCCGUGUUGUGUGAAAUUGAUGGAUGCAAGCGACGCCAUCAUAGAAUUCUUCACAACACAGAACCUGAUGUUAAACGAGCAUAUUGUAACUCUACUCAUACUACUAGGACGUAUUUAGGCUUUGUUCCAGUCAGACUACAUGGUCCCACAGGUUAUGUGGAUACCUAUGCACUGUUAGAUAAUGGCUCGGAUUCGACAUUACUGCUUAGUGACGUAGCAAAGCAGGUAGGAAUUUCUGGUGCAGGGACAAGAUUAAACAUAUCUUCAGUAAUUGGAGCGUCAUCUCAGAACGCUGAACUUACCAAUUUCGAAAUUGAGUCUUUAGAUAAGACCAACCGAAUAAAAAUCGAAGGUGCAUAUACUAUAGAUAACCUACCUAUUAAAAGAGCAGAAAUCCCACCAACGGACUUCCAAGAAAGAUGGAAACACUUGAAAGGUGUACAACUACCCUCCAUAGCCUGUGACAAGGUUGGUUUGUUACUUGGUGUUGACGUUCCUGAGGCCCACUGGGUACUCGAUCAGCGUAUCGGAAAACCUAAACAACCCUAUGCUUCACUAACCAUGUUAGGGUGGGCUUUAUUUGGACCAACGGGUCAACCUAAUAAAACUUCAGUCUUCAUAAACUGUUUAGAAGCAAAGAGUUCUAUCGAGGAUGGACCCACGCCGCCCCUUACUUUGACCACAGUAGCGCCUGAAAACUCUUCACAUCGUUUGUUGCCGUUCAUAGAUGAUCCUGGUUUAUGCCUUAAGCACUCUCCUGAUGUGGCACUCUUAGUCGAUAAUGAUGAUGUACGCUCACUCAUAGUAGCAGCAGCCGCUGUUGAGACUGAAGAUUCCAGGGUUCAUCAAGGCUUACCGUCAGUUCGUUCUUCUGGAUUUAACACUCCACCUGAUUCAAGAAGUAACCGACUUAUAGACACCUUUGAUUCUGUAUCUAAAGCGACAGACGAGAAUUUAAUGGAUUUAGAACAAGUUAUUUCAUUACCAGCUGUUGACGAUGAGUACCUUCUAAAAACUAUCAACGAUAGUCACGUCGAUACAGUAGUGAAUAUUGACCUUAGAUGUAUUUCUCCUCCAGACAAAAUUCUUCCAACAGAUAGCGGCGAGUUAAUGUCAUCGAAAACAUCUGUUAUGUUCUCUGCCGAAACAGAUCUCCCUAGUGUUUCUGACGUGAACGAUAGUGCUAAGUCUGUGAUACUACUACACGAGUCAUCAAUUAGUUGCAAAGCAACAACAACUCAGUUCUCUGCAAAUACGAAACUUGUAUCUCCUGUAGUGGCGUCUGCUGAAAGUUCUAUUGACAUCAAGCAUGAAACAGAGAAUCAGAAAGAUGAUUGUUUUAUUCAGUAUGCUGCUGAUGAUAAGAAGUUUAAGACAACUGUAUCCAUGUCUCCUUUAGUUGGGUUAGACAAGCAGAUACAACAUCCAUUACCAGACUUUAAGGAUAGUAGGGUAGCCAAAGAAAUGACUCACCGGAACAUAGAAUGGCACCAUAACACUCCUUACGCAAAUCAUCAUCGAGUAUGGGAAAGAUUAAUAGGAAGCAUACGCAGACUUUUGAGCGCAGUAUCUAUGUCCUACGAGACACUCACCACCUGUUUGACUGAAGCAGAAAGAAUACCUAAUGAUAGACCACUCUUACAGACGCGAACAAAAUGGACACAAGGAAGACGAGAUUUACAAGUUCUCGGUCCAGUCUUGAUUAUUGAGGACACUUAUGCACGAAAUAACUGGUCUAAACGCCUCGUGGUAAGUUUUGACCCAGGAGGAGAUGGUCUAUGGAACCAAGUGAAGAUCAGAACGUGGAAGGGUACAAUUAUUAGAGGCAUAUGUAAAAUUUGUUUAUUAGAAGGAGCUGAUGACCGAAAAGUAGAGGAUAGAGAGACUUUUCAGAGUGACUGUGGCUAGAGUAAAUCGUACCAUUGUCACCUCUGAAUGUUUUUACGUUAAUACCUAAUCAGCGAAAGUAAGGAAAGACAUGCUGUCUUUGGGGGGCGGUGUUAAGUUUGUUUUACAUUGUUCCUACAUGUUCCUUUUAUACUCUUUUGUAUGUUGUUUUAUACUACUUAUUUACAUUCAGUAGGCAGCUGUAUACCCAACAAUUUUCACACUUAUGUUGUAACUCAAGUUGUACUGUAACAUUCUGGAAUGUUCACAUAUAUCUUUAAUGUUUAUUUUACUUAUAACUGUAUUUAUCAUUAUAAUCACUUUAAUAUAAUUACUGUAAAGGUUAUCCACAGUUUUGUGCAUUUGUUUGAAUGCAUCAGUUUCCAUAUUGUUUGCUCUUGGUUCGAGUUUCGGUUGUUCAUAAACUGUUACCAAAUUUAGACACAGCUAUCGGCUGUCUUUGGACUAUCGUAUGUUGUAAUCAUUCUUUAUGUUACUCUUACAGGAAGCUUUUGCUAUUUUCAUUCUUGAACGACGCGUUUAAACGCCUAGACACCUCACAAGUUGAGGUUUGUAACUAAAUUUUGUGUAUUAUUUAAUAAAGAACCGCUUUUGUAGAC